AAAGAAUCUCCAGACAUUGUGUUUAGACGGAUAUUAUUUCGAAGACACGAACCUAGCCCUAGUUGGAGAACUAAGAAACUUGGAAAUUCUUAGCAUGGUACAGUCCAAUGUUAGACAGUUACCCCAAGAAUUUGGGCAGUUAACCCGUCUACGGUUGGUGGAUUUGUCUGAUUGCCUUUUUCUUAGUGUGAUUCCAGCUGGUGUCAUUUCCAAUUGGACAAAACUCGAAGACUUGAGAUUGAGAAACAGCUUUGACAAAUGGGAGGGUACCGCCAAACAAUAUGAAUCCGAAGAAUUAGACAGUGAAACAAGUAUUGCGAGCCUUUUGGAGCUGAUGAACUUGCCCAACGUAACCGCAUUAGAAGUACACAUUCCAGAUAUUGACAUUCUUCCACCAAAGUUUUUCUCGGACAGGUUGGAAAAAUACCAAAUAUUUCUUGGCGACGGGGACUUCGGUUCUAUGGAAGAAACAACUCUCAAUACCCUUAAACUACAGCCCCAUCCCAGAUUUGAAUUGAACGAGAAUGUAAAAAUAUUGCUCAAGAAGUGUGAUAUUUUUACCGUGAAUGGAGGUGAUUUUUCAUUUCUCAUGAAGACAAAGAUUGUGAUGUCCAACUUAACAACAUUGGACGUGUCUUCCUGUGAUGGCUUCAAAUACUUGUUUACAUCUUCUAUGGUCAGAAGUCUUGUAAAACUCAAAUAUCUCGAGGUAUGUAGCUGCCGAGACAUGGAAGAGAUAGUUUCUACAAUAGAGUCCCAUGAAGAAGAUGUGGAUAACAUAUUUGCUAAGCUAGAAAGACUCACGUUGAAUGAACUUCCAAACUUUGCUAGAUUCUGUACAGCUGGAAGUUGUAUUGAUUUUCCAUUAUUGGAGGAGCUACAUGUAGAUGGCUGUAGUAAACUAGGAGAAAGUGCUACAUACUGGGGAAACGUUCUCUUUGACGAAAAGGUAAGAUUUCCAAGAUUGGAGAUAUUGAAAAUCAUCAAAUACGGAGAAGACACAGCCUUGAAGAAAAUAUGGCACAACCAACUAGCACCAGGCUCAUUUUGCAGACUCAGAGAAUUUCACCUGGAGAAUUGCAGUGGUGUAAGUAGUAUUUUUCCACCAAGUAUGACAGGAAGAUUGAGUGGUCUGGAAACCUUGGUUAUAUUUGGUUGCGCGUCAGCGAGAGUAGUAUUUGAUGAAAGCGGAGAAAGUACUGGCACAACAACCACUCAUUUGAAAGACGGUCAAAAUCUGAAGUCGGUUACGAUAUACUUCUGUCACAAUUUGAGAUAUGUUUUCCCCGCAUCUAUGGUAACCAAAGGACUUCAGCAGUUGCAGGAGCUGGAGUUGCGUUAUUGUUUUGAAAUGAGGAAUGUUGUUGGCAAGGAAGAAGGUGCAGUAGAAUCAACAACACAUCCUAGGUUUAUAUUCCCAAAAGUCAAAGCUAUGAUGUUUGACUCUAUGGACACAGUUACGAGCUUCUAUCCCGCGAUGCAUACUUCUGAGUGGCCAUCACUCCAAUAUUUCGUGUUUUCUCGUUGUUCUCUGGAGACUUUUGCUGCAGAAGUAUCACACUUUCAGGAAACACAACUGCAUGCUCCAACUAAACAACCUUUCUUUCUCAUUGAUAAGGGUUCAUUCCCCGUCCUGCAAGAGUUGGUGUUGCCUGACAGGUCGGAGAUUUUGUACGGUCCAUCUUCAUCCCCAAUAGAGUUGAUGUUCCCCAAACUGAACUCUACUAGACGGCGUAGACGCUAGUCUUAAUUGACUGGGUGCAUCUCUGUGGAUAAAAGAAAUAAUAGUGAGACGUGCACUGUCAGUGGCAAUGCAAGAUAUUUGUGAAUUAUGCUACAUGAAAUCUCUAUUCCGUUGGAUUGAUCUCAUCUGUUUCCUUGAUCCUCACGUAGUGUUUCUUUCUAUUCU